GCAGCGCCUGGAGCAUGAGCCGGGUGGUGGCGUGCACGGAGGAUCGCGGGAGGCUGCCGCCUCGGGACACCUCACUCACACAGGGCAAAAGGAUGUAUAUACUCCAUCUUCAUUUAAAACACUGGAGGAUUGGAAAGGAGAAAAGGAACAGGACAGAAAAAAAAACAGAGUGUUCUGAACAUCAACACAAAGUGGAAGAACCUUAAGCUGAACGUACAGUAUAUUAUUUACACUGAAGGGGCUUGUGUGUGGACAAGAAAGCGCUGACAGCUCAAAUGGAUCCCAUGGAACUGAGAAAUGUCAACAUCGAACCAGAUGAUGAGAGCAGCAGCGGAGAGAGUGUUCCAGAUAGCUACAUCAGGAUAGGAAAUUCAGAAAAGGCAGCAAUGAGCAGUCAAUUUGCUAACGAAGACGCUGAAAGUCAGAAAUUCCUGACAAAUGGAUUUUUGGGGAAAAAGAAGCUGGCAGAUUACGGUGAUGAACAUCAUCCCGGAACCACUUCCUUUGGAAUGUCUUCAUUCAACCUAAGUAAUGCCAUCAUGGGCAGUGGGAUCCUGGGCUUGUCCUAUGCCAUGGCCAACACAGGGAUCAUACUUUUUAUAAUCAUGCUGCUUGCUGUGGCAAUAUUAUCAUUGUAUUCAGUUCACCUUUUAUUAAAAACAGCAAAGGAAGGAGGGUCUUUGAUUUAUGAAAAAUUAGGAGAAAAGGCAUUUGGAUGGCCGGGGAAAAUUGGAGCUUUUGUUUCCAUUACAAUGCAGAACAUUGGAGCAAUGUCAAGCUACCUCUUUAUCAUUAAAUAUGAACUACCUGAAGUAAUCAGAGCAUUCAUGGGACUUGAGGAAAAUACAGGAGAAUGGUACCUCAAUGGCAACUACCUCAUCAUAUUUGUAUCUGUUGGAAUUAUUCUUCCACUUUCACUCCUUAAAAAUUUAGGUUAUCUUGGCUAUACCAGUGGAUUUUCUCUUACCUGCAUGGUGUUUUUUGUUAGUGUGGUGAUUUACAAGAAAUUCCAAAUACCCUGCCCUCUACCUGUUUUGGAUCACAGUGUUGGAAAUCUGUCAUUCAACAACACGCUUCCAAUGCAUGUAGUAAUGUUACCCAACAACUCUGAGAGUUCUGAUGUGAACUUCAUGAUGGAUUACACCCACCGCAAUCCUGCGGGGCUGGAUGAGAACCAGGCCAAGGGCUCUCUUCAUGACAGUGGAGUAGAGUAUGAAGCUCAUAGUGAUGACAAGUGUCAACCUAAAUACUUUGUAUUCAACUCCCGGACGGCCUAUGCAAUUCCUAUCCUAGCAUUUGCUUUUGUAUGCCACCCUGAGGUCCUUCCCAUCUACAGUGAACUUAAAGAUCGGUCCCAGAGAAAAAUGCAAACAGUGUCAAAUAUUUCCAUCACGGGGAUGCUUGUCAUGUACCUGCUUGCUGCCCUCUUUGGUUACCUAACCUUCUAUGGAGAAGCUGAAGAUGAAUUACUUCAUGCCUACAGCAAAGUGUAUACAUUCGACAUCCCUCUUCUCAUGGUUCGCCUGGCAGUCCUUGUGGCAGUAACACUAACUGUGCCCAUUGUCCUGUUCCCAAUUCGUACAUCAGUGACCACACUGUUAUUUCCCAAAAGACCCUUCAGCUGGAUACGACAUUUCCUAAUUGCAGCCAUGCUUAUUGCACUUAAUAAUGUUCUGGUCAUCCUUGUGCCAACUAUAAAAUACAUCUUCGGAUUCAUCGGGGCUUCUUCUGCCACUAUGCUGAUUUUUAUUCUUCCAGCAGUUUUUUAUCUUAAACUUGUCAAGAAAGAACCUUUUAGGUCACCCCAAAAGGUCGGGGCUUUAAUUUUCCUUGUGAUUGGAAUCAUCUUCAUGAUUGGAAGCAUGGCACUCAUUAUAAUGGACUGGAUUUAUGAUCCUCCAAAUUCCAAGCAUCACUAACACAAGGAAAAAUACUUUCUUUUUCUAUUGGAAAUGGUUGCAAGUUAUACUCCAAAAGACAUUUGAAUUAUCUUGAUUGGAAUGUUAUUCAUAGGAAAUAACAGGAAGAUUCCAAAGACGUUUACCAGUAAUAUCACUAGGCACCUGCAGAAGAGGAAAAUCACUGUUUUUGUCAAGGAAGGUUCUGUGAGUGUUUAAAAUAAAACCUGUGGUGCACAUUUCUACCCAGGUCUUACUAGAACAGUGUGAGAUGAUGAAGGUGUAUUUUUGCUGCUUUACGAGCAGAAUAAGGGUAACUGCAUGUAACAGUCAUCAGAUAGUACUCUUUCCCCUGCUGUCUCCUCACCCUGCACUCCCUAAAAAAGUACCAAACAUUUGUAUUCUCAGAACAUCAAACAAAAAUGUCCUGGUGGCAAAGCUAUCACCAUUUAACGCCUUCUCUCAGUCUUGCACCAAACUCUCUGGUCUGUUUACUAACAGAGGCAAAAGGCAUGUCUUAGGAACUGUUUCUGUAAGGUACAUGAAUGGUCAGACACCAGUCUAGAGCAUCUUACUGUCAACAGCAAAAUGUUAUUUUGCCCACCCUGUUUGUGACAUUGAGUUAGUGACUUCUAUAUUCAAUAGAUUUUUUUUGUAAACGUUAAAACAUCUAUAUUUAAAUGUUAAAACACUAAAUAUAGAGAGGGGUUUUGUUUCAAUCAUAGAGCAACAACAGAAAUAAUGCUUAUAGCUAAACUGCCUGUUCUAGAAAGCAUCUGCUUUUUCAUGUUAUUCCUAAAUCCUCUUGUCAUACUUUUGUCAUUGAACAAUGCUCUCCCUCUCGUCUUCCAUCCUCAUUCAGAAUUUUUAGAAGACCACAAUCAUGUGGAAAUACACUACCCAGUAUUGUUUGAUACAUUUUUAUUUGAUAAAUAUUCAGUGCAGGAAACUGUGAUUUGCUAUAUGUUUAUGUAUAUAAUCUUAUUCUGUAGUCAUCAGAAUGUUAAUGUAUGGUACAUUUGAUUUUUAUUUUUUACAUGUGUAGUUUUCUUUCUUCACAAAGCAUUUAUAUUUUUGGGGGUGGGUGCAGGGAAUUAGGUUGAUGGGCUCAAAAAUCCAUUCAUAUGUAUCUGUCUACAAAUGUCUGGGGAUAAUUUAAAUUUGAAACCUAAGUUAUAUAUAGUUCGGCAAUGCUCUUCUUCAAUAUUUACAAUAAUAGGAUGAUCUACAAGAAAAUAAGUUCCUUUUUGCAAAUUAUUAUCAAUACUAAAGUUGCUCUUUUAAUUUAGCAUGUCUAAAAUAGGAUUUAGUUCAGUUUAACUCACACAGGUGUUUGUUGACAUUCAUUGGCCAUUUAAUACGAUGUUGAGUGGUUCUCCAUAAAAGUGUAAGUGCUAACACUACAAAGAAAUGCACACAACCAUUCUCGCUCACUUCUAUAACAAACUUACAUAAAAUGGAUUUAAAAAUUCCUACUCACAGCCUAAAA